UGAGCCAGAAUUUAAGAGGAUGUAAACAAGAAUAAGACAAAGAUUUUGACUCAAAAAGGGAAGCCGUAAAUACUAAUAUGGACAGUACUUGGGCUAUAUGCUGUAAAUACUUUAAAGAUUACAUGAACAAGGUCUAUAUAGGUACGUUCAGAAAAGGGAGAGCCGCAUACAUCUCCCCUAUAGGCUUUGAAAGACCAAAAUCAACGCCAAAAGCCAAACUCUAAUAAAGAAUGGAGUAGUGAUGUGUCCUUUCCUGUUUUUACUUAUUUUUGAAGGGCUUCUUUCCCGACUUCUUGCUGUCUUAAAGUCAUGGCUAUUGGUAGGUGGAGAUGGGAAUCAAUGGUUCGGUAAAUAAAACGCUUAAACGGAUUUGCAAACUCACGCUCCAUCGUCUUCCAGUCCCGUCCCACCCCUCCACCCCACCACAUGCUCCCGUUAUUUGUCUGAUGCUUCGCGCUGACAGCUUGGCUCUGGGGUCCUUACAUUCAGGCUGGAACUGGAAUUAUGUCCGUCAGGCACCAGAGUUCAAUUCUCGCGCAAAGCCAGGAACGUCCCAAACCGCUUCACCCGAGGUAGAGGCAGGAAAACAAGCUUUUCCCAUCAACCCUAAGGCUGGCCCCCCCCAAGAAGCAACCAAGAGGGAGCAGAAUCGAUGCAAAAUCCAGUUUCAGCGGUUCGCCUCCUUCUUGGCGCCAAAACAAACCAUCGGUCCGUCCCCUGCCGGAUCUACACGACACGUAAGACACGUAAUCGACAACCCUCCGCCGCGCUAAAUAGUCCCGUCUAAGAUGUCUCAAGUACACGCUUUUUUACCGCAGAAGGCCUUCUGUGAAUAGCAGAUGAGGCUCGGAGAUGCAUCACCCUUCUUUUCGAAUGAAUAUGUGGGCUUUCUAAUCAUGUUCUCUUCACAGAUUCCUCCGCCAGAAAUCAUAUCCGCGGAGUCUCCACUUCCGGGUCCGCCAUUUUGUUGCCUCCAUUUCUCCACGAGGGGGGGUUAAAGGCCCCCCAAAUAUGCAUAUAUGAAAAGGCCAAAAAGUAACCGUCACUGACAGGGAGUCUUAACUAGAGAAAGAAACGGGACCAAACUGGCGGGCUCGGUGGAAGCGCAGCCGGCAGCGUCCCGGACGAGGAGCUUCCUGAAAACAUUUGUUCCUAUGCAUAAAGAUGUCUUUGGUGGACUUGGGGAAGAGGUUGCUAGAAGCAGCAAGGAAAGGCCAAGAUGAUGAAGUGAGAACAUUGAUGGCAAAUGGGGCCCCAUUCACCACAGACUGGCUCGGAACAUCACCCCUCCACCUGGCAGCCCAGUAUGGUCACUAUUCCACAGCAGAGGUGCUCCUUCGAGCGGGCGUUAGCAGGGAUGCCCGGACCAAAGUGGACAGGACCCCCCUACACAUGGCUGCAGCUGACGGCCAUGCACACAUCGUGGAGCUGCUUGUCAGGGUAAAGCAAGACUCGUGGCGGAAUGGUGCCGAUGUGAAUGCCAAGGACAUGUUGAAGAUGACAGCUUUGCACUGGGCCACAGAGCACCACCAUCGAGACGUUGUAGAGCUGCUGAUCAAAUAUGGAGCCGACGUCCAUGCUCUUAGCAAGUUUGAGAAAUCUGCUUUUGACAUAGCCCUGGAGAAAAACAAUGCUGAGAUCCUGGUUCUCCUGCAGGAAGCAAUGCAGAACCAGGUGAACGCCAAUCCCGACAGAGCCAACCCCGUGACCAUGGCUACCCCAUUCAUCUUCACGUCAGGGGAAGUUGUCAGCCUCGCCAGCCUUGUUUCUUCAGCCAACACCAAGACAACCUCAGGUGACCCCCAUGCCUCCUCAGCAGUGCACUUGUCACAUUCCACCACCUCAGUGCUGGCCACCCUUGCAGCUCUUGCUGAGGCAUCAGCCCCCCUCUCCAGCUUACACAGAGCCACAGCUAAUUCAGAGGAGAUCAUAGAGGGAAAUUCAGUUGACUCAUCAAUCCAGCAAGUGGUGGGGAGUGGAGGCCAGAGGGUCAUCACCAUAGUGACUGAUGGCGUCCCUCUGGGUAACAUCCAAACUGCUAUACCUACUGGAGGCAUUGGCCAGCCAUUUAUCGUAACCAUGCAAGACGGACAGCAAGUUCUAACUGUACCUGCUGGUCAGGUUGCAGAGGAGACUGUCAUUGAAGAAGAAGAGGAAGCAGCAGAGAAGGUGCCAUUGACUAAGAAACCCAGGAUAGAAGAGAUGACAGACAGUGUGGAGGAAAGCAAGGAUGGCACUGAGAGAGAGCUCCUCCAGCAGCAGCUCCAGGAGGCCAAUCGAAGAGCCCAGGAGUACCGGCACCAGCUGCUGAAGAAAGAGCGGGAGGCCGAGCAGUACCGCCUCAAGCUGGAGGCCAUGGCCCGGCAGCAGCCCAAUGGCGUUGACUUCGCCAUGGUUGAAGAGGUGGCCGAGGUGGACGCUGUGGUUGUCACCAAGGGGGACCUGGAAGAGAGAGAGAGGGGAGCGACUGGGGCAGGGGGAACCAGUGGGCCGCAUACUGGAGUUUCCAUGGAAACUGUUCAGUCGUAACACACAAGGGCCACAGUUUGUACUGUGUCCACCAAUUUCCUCUUUUUUUUUAGAAGAAAAUCCAGAGGACCAACACUGUGUAAAAAUUAAGAAUGUCCUUAAGGAGAAAACCAUAGCAGGGUACAGUGCUUGGGCUCAGGAAGGCUCUCUGUGCAACAGGAUCAAUCAAAGCCGGAUUUAGGGAGCGCUUCUGCCGAGAGGCCCAAAGAGGAAGGACCAGGGUUCUCAGUUGAUGUCAUUGCUUUACGCGUAGAUGUCAAAAGAAUGCUGCAUGUUGUGUAGGUUGAUGGUUUUUUAAAUAACUGACUUUCUAUCAAAAGAUUUUAUUUUCUAUCAAAAAAUUUUUUGAGAUAACAUUCCUAAUACGGACAUACCCAGAGCCUUUCAUAGUUGUACCUCCAAGUGACCUGAAGAUUUGCCUUAGAUGUGUGAUGUGUGUCUGUUAGAGAAGAAAGUAAUUGGGAGGGGGGUUAGGAGCAAAUGGGCGGCGGGGAGAAAAAGGAACAUAUUCCACUUCUAAGGGAGCAGGCGCUCCCCCAGUCCUGAGUUAAUCUCACUGGGAAGAAAUGUGUGGUUGCCUGACCGCAUUUGCGGCCGUUGUGUCCGUAGCUCAGAUGGCAGUUGCAGAAACCGAAGUAUAAUUUUUAAAAACUGGAAGGGAAAGGAAACUUGUUUAUGUGGGAGAAGUGUAUAUAAACCCCAGUCCUCCGGCUGUUUCACAAUGCUGGGAAGCGGCCAGAAAGGCCGGUCGCGUUGUGAAACAAGCUGGUGUCAAGAUACAUGCUUUGCUCCAGCUGGAUUUUAUCAAGGCGCUAUCAGGAUGGGAGUCUGUUGGUAGAACAACUGGCUUCCAAACAUUUAUUUUAUGUAGUAUCAAGCUUUAAUAUCAACUCUUUAAUUUUAUAAAACCUGUUGAGAUUUCUAAGUGUGCCUUUCUGGGGAUCUUACAUGGAAUCCUCUUACAUGCAAUAAAAGAAGGGGGGCGAGAGGGACGCGUGCCGAGGGUGUUGUAUAGCCUCGGUGCCAUUUGAUUCGGGGAUGGGAGAUUGCUCUGUUUCUUUAAGGGGGCCUUGUGUACAGACGGCGUCUGUGCCUUCCUACCAGGUGCUCGGUAAAGGCAGCCAUAAAGUACGGGACCAAAGAUUCUGGCCAGAUACUUCGCCUGCCUUCCUCCCUUCUCCCCACUAUGCCUGCUCCCUUUGCCUAGACACUUUGGGAAAGUGUUUCAUUGCUGCAGUUUUCUUUGUGUGCCAGCUUGCCGUUUUUUCUCAAAAGAAAGGGAAAUAGGGAUGGAGAGAGGGGUCGUGGGGAGGUUAUGGCCUGUGCAUUGGGCCCUCCUUCCUUCUUGCCGUGCUUCCUCGCUUUGUUGUAAAUGAGAAGAAACCAGAGUAGCUGUGCCAGGAAACAUUUGAAUGACUGUUUAGAAUACGUUUUUCUUAAUUAGCGAUCAUGGGGAAAACAUACAUUUUUAAUUCAGAAUAAAACUUGACAGUUAACAUUGUUCUAUUUACCUUGCUUCUGAAGUAAUUUGCCGCAGUUUUCCAGACGUGAAAAAUCAUUUGGGACUCAGAAUAGAUUGAGACACUAACUCUCCAAGCCAAAUUUAACAAACAGAAUUGGCUGUUCGAGGCUUGGAGGCAAAAAUAUCAGCUUGGAAAUGAACCUUGACCGCGGGCCUCCAUAGCCUAGGUUUUCUCCAUGAACUUGCACCGAGCGCCUCCCAGCCGACCAGAGAUUGCUCUGGGCUGUUGGGAUGACGGAGCAAUGCAGUAGGGGAGCUUCGGUGAGGGUGAGCAUGACCUAGGAGAGCAUCUGCUGUCAAAUCGGCCUGUUUCUGUUUGUGUUGCUUUUUGUUCGGAGUCCUUUUGUGUACUAGGUGCUAACAAGAAGCUGCUAUUGUGUGCCACUUCAGAGCCUCAGCUUAACCAUAGACGGACCAAGUGUCAUUUUAGGUGUGCUUUGUUUAUGUUCUCGGUAUAUGUGUUGACUUUAAUUCCUUUUUUUUUCUUUUCCUGUUAAGGGGGUGGAGGUCAACACUGCAGAAGGAGAUAUCCAGGCCCAACCACCUCACUGUCUAGGGGAGCUUCUGAUUGAGAGCGGGUGUUUCCAUCUAACUCUCCCUUUGGAACAUCGAGUCGUACUGUUUGGGGGAGCUGUUUGUCAGUUCUUACUCUCUUUCUGUAGGAGGCUGUCAUUCCCACCUAGAAAAACCUCUAAUCCAGCCCAAGUCAUUUUUUUUUAAAGAUUUUUUUUAUUGGGGAAUUGGGGGGACAGGAACAG